UAACUCAUAUAUCUCUCCAUUAAUUGCGCGUCUACAUAUUUAUAAUUAAGUUUGAUAACAUGAUUGAUUUAUUUAUUUUUAAAAAAAUACGCACAAAAAGCUGAUAAGCAUAGAUAAUUAUGGGGUUUGUGAUGUCAAUUUAUAAGGCCCACACAAUUUGUCGGAAAUUGAUUUGUGGCCUGAGACCGUGGGAUUGUACAAGUUGUUGUAGUAGCUAAGGUGUGUCGUGUGUGUACAGACUCACUGAAAUGAUAAUUUAUGGAGUAUUUGAUAGUAUAAUUAUAGGUUUAUCGGAAAAUAAAGUGAAAGUGAUAGGUUAUCAAAUGUGUUGAGCAUAGGCAUGGAGCAUCCAACGGUUGAGGAAUAGCCAUCCGCGGAAACUUGGAGCCGCUAUUGCCCAAUACUUGGGAAUCUAACCUAACCACGCACUCACGCACCCAAUCCCAAUCUCUCUCUCUCCGCACACCACCCCCUCAACCCAGCUAACUCAACUCUAGUUAACCACUCAAAAACUUCAACCCCACUCUUCCCCUUUCCUAUGCCUCCACUUCCUCUACCACUUUUAUAUAUAUCCAUUCUCAUUGCUUCUCUGCAAUCCUAUUACUCUCUCUCUCUCUCUCUCAGAAGCCAAAGGCCAAAGAAGCCAUCCAUCAAAGCUGUGUGAGCUGGAAUCGGAGAAGGUCCUGAUCUAUAGAGCUAAGUGAAUAGAAAUAUGAGUUGCAAUGGAUGCCGCGUGCUUCGAAAAGGGUGCAGCGAAACCUGUAUUCUAAGACCUUGUUUGCAGUGGAUCGAGAGCACCGAGGCACAAGGCCACGCCACCGUCUUCGUCGCCAAGUUCUUCGGCCGCGCCGGCCUCAUGUCCUUCAUCUCCGCCGUCCCUGAAACGCAGAGGCCUGCUCUCUUUCAGUCGUUGCUGUUCGAAGCAGCCGGGAGGACCGUCAAUCCGGUCAAUGGGGCGGUGGGCCUUCUGGGCACCGGCAACUGGCACGUCUGCCAGGCGGCCGUCGAGACCGUACUCCGCGGCGGCGCCUUGAAGCCGAUUCCGGAGCUCCUCGGCGGAGAGUCGGCGCCCGACGACGCCUCCGACUGCACCGACAUGUUCCGCCUCCAGCAUCAUGCCUGUCCUAGCUCGAAACGGCGCCGUUUGCCCGAUGAGCCGCCCAAAGUCAUGCAGUUGGCCGAUCUUGAUCUCAGUUUGACGCCCGGCAAGAAGGGCGGCGCUUUGCCGGAGAAGCGGCGGCUCGGCAGCCCCUCCAUGAAUUCCGAAGGAUCUGUCACCACCACUUGUACCGGAGAUUGUCGAGCAAAUGAAUUGAAGUUGUUGAAUUUGUUUAAUUAAAUUACUAGGCGAGGAGGGGAGAGAAUAUUUUUGCUAGGUUUAUUUUUGUUUUCCAUUUUGAAGUCGUCGGCGCAAGAUUUCCAACUUUUCCUUGUUGAUUAUGUGUACAAGGAAAAAGUAGGGGAAAAUGAAUGUAUUGCCAACGAUUAUUCGCUUCCUUAUCUGUAAUUGCUCACUCAUCUUCUUCUAUUUUCUGCGUCCAAUGACUGUUGGAAUUUGAAUAAUUGAGUUGCUUUUAGCUUUUUCUA